GUUUUAUUUAAAAGAAGCAAAGCUGUAUAUGUUUAUUCACAAUGGUUUGAAACGCUAAAAAGCAGUCGAUAUGGAUACUGACCGUGUGUUGCGAUCUCUCGGGAAAUUUGGUCGUUUUCAGUUGCUCCAAUAUAUCUACAAUUUAAGUUGUUUCCCUAUGAUGGCAUUUCCUAUAGUCAUAUAUGUAUUCAUUGGCCACAUUCCUGAUUUCCGGUGUAGCUCUUUCGAAGACGAUGCUUCGUACACAAACAGGAAACUGAAUCCUUCGCACAACGUUAUUUUCCAAUAUCAUCAGUGUGACGUCACAGUUACGACAAAUCUAUCUGGGACAGUGGUAGAAGAAACAGUGCCAUGUAGAGCGGGGUUCGAAUUUUCUGGGCAGCAGACGGUGGCAUCUGAGUGGGAGCUGGUCUGUGAGAACGAGGGACUAGGUGGUAUGACUACCACCGUCCUAGUAAUAGGGCAGAUGGUGGGGGCUAGCGUUUUCCCUACCCUGGCGGACAAGCAUGGCCGACUCCUGAUCGCCUACACCACCCUGAUGGCCGUCACUGUCUGUUUCCUGCUGACCGCCAUUGUACCCUGGUUCGCGGGCUUUGUUGUGAUGCGGUUCCUGAUGGGCAUGUUCUCUCAGGGACCCGGAAUCGUAUUGCCUACUUUAGGUUUGGAGCUCUUCCCCACGGAGCUAAGGGGGUUUGUCAUCAGUUCCGGUACCGUGGCCUGGGCAUUAUCUCUCAGCAUCAUUCCCGUCGUGGCCUUCUUCUUGCGUCACGUGACUUGGAGGUACAUGAUGGGAGCCGCAGCGGUGUUCGGGAUUCACAGCUUUUUUACAAAAUGGUUUCUUCAUGAAUCACCAAGAUGGCUUCUUGCCAAUAACAAGUUUGACCAGGCCAAAUUGUGGAUUCAAAAAGCAGCAAAGUGUAAUAAAAAAGACCCGGCUUGCCUGCUUUCAGAACUAGAUUCUAUAAAAGAAAACGCAGAAAGGGAACUCCUUCUUGAAAAAAACAAUGACGUCAUCCCAGAACAGACCGCAGAAAUGGCGGGAAAAUUAGAAGAAAUGAUGGAUUCCGAAUCUACGCAGGUGUCUGUCUUAGAGAUAUUUAGACACAAACAUCUUUUAGUGCCAUCCCUUGUCGUGUGGAUGCUAUGGUUUGUUAGCAGUCUGACUUACUAUGGACUGUUUCUCACGUCCGGGACAAUGUCGGGCAACAUGUACCUGAAUUUCUUCCUGAACAGUGUAGUAGAAAUACCCUCCGUGAUUCUAUAUUCACUGACCAUUAACAGAUGGGGAAGAAGAAAAACAUGUGCAAUGUUUUUGUCUACGGCGGGGGUAUCUCUUCUUCUGUCUGGUGUCCUCGCCUUUGUAGGGGAAUCUGGUAUGAUUAAAGGUUUCGCAAUGACUCUAAGCUUUACGGGAAAGUUUGGUAUAUCCGGUGCUUGGAUGGCCGCGUGCUUAUUUACGCCGGAAAUCUAUCCCACCAAUAUCAGGGCGCGAGGGCUAGGGUUGGCGUCUCUAGCAGCGAGAGUUGGGGGGAUGAUCUCACCCUACGCAACCAUGUUCGGAUCGCGUUUCCCUUGGGGGCCCCCUGUCGUGUUUGGGUCGUGUGCGGUUUUGGUGACAAUUCUGUUGAUUUGGAUACCCGAAACAACCGGGAAAGAAUUACCUAACACGGUGGAAGAUGUCAAGAGGCUUUACACAGUUAAACAAAUUCGAUCUAAUUAAGACAAAUAAAAUCUAAAUCUAUUUAACAUAAUAAAAAUCUUAACAGUAGUGUCUUCUUGUUUGAUUGAUAUGAAAACA